UAUGGCGACAGGUGGAGAAGAAUCCUGCUGUGAGCAGGAUGUGGAGAAGUACACAAGAUGCCCAUGUUGUUUGAAAAUUUAUGAUGAGCCCUGUUACCUUCAAUGUGGGCACACAAUGAACAAAAAGUGCAUCAGGAGAAAAAUUCCUAUUGUAAGAUGUUUUAUAUGCAAUGAAUCAUUUCACUGUGAAUCAAGUACAGCUGGCAAAAAUCGAUUUGCAAAAGACCUUGCUUUAAAGAUAACUCAAAGGAAAAUUACAAAACUUUUGCUGGAUAAUCCUAAAUGUUCUUUGAGUCAACAUAUGGGCGAAAUUGCAGUACGUUACUGUGAUAGAUGUGAAAUGAGAAUGUGCAUUAUUUGCAAUCAAUUUCAUCACAUGAAUCCUACAACAAAAAAGCACAAGGUCUAUGAAGUCGGCGAAAUGAUAGCAGAAAAUUGCCAAGACGACAUCAAUGUUAAUAAGGACUUGAAUUGUGAACACCAUGAAAAUGAAAUCAUUCAAAACUGGUGUUUGGAUUGUAAACUUCCAGCUUGUGAAGAAACCUGUUCAGAGCACCAUUUACAGUCAAUAUCAAGACAAGCAGCAGACGCAGAAACUAAAAUUAAAAUAUUAAAAAAGAAAUCAGACGAAGGUUUAUCAGAAGUGAAGUUGCGUUUUAAAGAGGUGAAAACUGUAAUAGAACAAUUGAAGGCAGAUGGACACUACGAGGACUUAGAUGUUUCAAAGUUGGAUUGGGCAAAGCAAAAAUGUAAGAAUGUGAUUAAAUUGUAUGAAGUCUUACUUCGGGAGGUGACAUUACUCUUAAACAAGGGAAACGAGCUUCAUAAGUGUUACGCGUCAUCAUUUCUUUCACUACAACAGCAGUCAAUCCAAGAAUCGACAGAAAGUAUUGCAAGUGAAAGUCAAAGUGGUAGCGCAAGGUCAUCUGCAUCGACCGAUAGCGAUGUUAGUCUGCGUACCCAGCCAUACAUGAACAUAAAUCCAAGACAAUCAAUGAUGUUAAAUAUUUUAUCUGACAGAUCAACAUAUAUGAAUGUUAAGAGGAGGAGUAAUGGUUUGUAUGCAAAUGAGCUAAAGUAUGCUGACGUCAGUCAGAUAAAUUCAAUCAUCACAGAAUCAUUGUCUCAGAGAAGAAGCACAGGCAUCAGCGAGGAAAUUCUGGAAAGACUUGAUUUUUUCGACACGGAAACCAGGAUCACAGGAAUGGUGUUUGUGAAUGACACUAUCAUAGUUGCCAGCCGUUCUGGAGGAUUUUGCAUGGGUUACGACAUCCACGGGAAAAUUAAAUGGACCAUAACAGAACACUUGUGCGGACCCUUCGAUAUUGCAGCAUAUAAGACGGAUGAUGAAAAGCAAUUUCUUUUCAUAACAGAUCCUGGGAGGCGACAUGUACCACACGAAGGAACUAUCCACGUCUUCAGACUGAGGGAAAAUGAUCGAUACAGUUUUGAGAAAAAAUUCACGAAACAUUGUGAUCAACCACGUGGAAUUUGCAUUGCUUCUUCAAGGGUGUUUGUCUGUGAACCGGAUAGAAAUGAAGUUAUUGAGUAUGCCCUAAACAAAAACGGAACAGGAAAAAUUAUUACUCGAUAUGGUAAAGGCGAUGUAUUUUUAAAAGAACCAAUGUACACUGCGAUGGAAACAGGUGACAAAAUUAGACUUUUGAUUUCUGACACUGAACUAGGAUUAAAAAGAGUUGUAAUCCACGAGCGCGAGAACAAUACAAGUGGAUGGAAAAGUCCGAAGGGUGAACAUUUUACGCCAUCGAAACCUUGUGUUUGUAAGAAUAAUGUUGUUGUAGGAAAUUCAACAGGUCGAAAACUACAUUUUGUAAAUUUUCAGAAUAGAAAUUUGAGCCAUAGGGAGUAUGAAAUAGAAGAUAGGUUUCACAGUCCUGUAGCACUUGCUUUUGACAGUGAUCAUGGAUACCUGAUGAUGGCAUGCAAAGAUGGUGUGGUUGUCAUUUAUCGGACUGUGGAUCUCGUUCAGAUGGAUGAAAUAGUGUCCGAAGUGAAGAAUGGAGAUCCUAUAUAUGCAAAUCCAAGAUUCUUAGAGUAGACAGACAUGUGCCAACUGUCACUGAUUUU